CAUAAAUGAUGGAUAACUAUGCCCGUGAAAAGACAUCAGCAAUCCGGUGCCAAGAGAAGGAAAAAAAGAUGCAAACGAAGCCCGUGCGUCACUUUCAGUUUUAAGAAGAUCCCUGGGUCUUUUUCCUCGGCACGGAUCACAUGUCAGCUGCCCAUUUCCCUGAUUUGUUGAUGUUUUGCAUAAUGGUCUUUUAAGAAGCGAUCUGUGUUUCCAUCUUUGAGCAAAUACAACACACCUCUGUGAGCAGAAGCUGAAUUAUUUCUCCAUAAUCGCAGUUUUUGGGAAGAAAGGUGUCUGAAAUCAUUGGCUUUGUGAAGUCAUGAGUCCAGAAAUGCAUCUCAUGUUGUUUGUCUUGGCUUGCUCUUUCGCAGGUACGUGCAUCUCGUCUGCGAUCUCCAAACAGUUUGUCUUUGUUAAAGAGGCGAAAACAUUCAAUGAUGCACAGAUGUACUGCAGACAGUUUCACGGCGAUCUGGCGAGCAUUGAAGACGCGGCGGACUUCAGCCGUCUGCAGGCCGUGGUGAGCGGGAUCACGGAUCCGAGCGUGUGGAUCGGACUGAAGAGAGGCGAGCCGAACUGGUCCUGGUCUCUGUCCGAUAGCACUUUCUACGGCGAAGGAGAAACGGAGUACAGACACUGGAAAACCGGACAGCUGGACAAUUUAGGAGGAAUCGAAAACUGCGCCAUUGUCGAUGACAGUGGGGAGUUUUGGGACGUUUCGUGUUCCAGUCAAUAUAUGUUCAUUUGCUAUGAUGGAAAGGAAAACGCCCCCCAGAGGUAUGUGUUUGUCAGUCAAGCAAAGAGCUGGAGAGAUGCGCAGAUGUUCUGCAGGGAGAAUCACACGGAUCUGGUCAGCGUGAGGAACCUGGAUGAGAACCAGCUGAUCAAGGCGUUGGUGCCGAAGGGAGCUAUAGUGUUCAUCGGCCUGUUUAAAGAUUUUUUCAGAUGGUCGGAUAACAGCAUCUCCUUAUUCAGACGCUGGUCUGUUGGCGAACCUAAUGACUCUGGAGCUUGUGUUGAGCAAAGACUGUCAGAUACAAACACAUGGGCCGUUCGUAACUGCGAUGAAACAAGACCGUUCAUCUGCCAAGACGGAGUGAAGAUGCAGAUACUGAAAGUGAAACUGAAAUCAGGUCAGAAUGUGAAUGAUCCUGCGAUGAUGGUCACCUUCAUGGAGAAGAUCCAGCAGAAACUCGUGAGUCUGGGAAUGCCUAAAGAUGCCAAACUACAGUGGCGAGUUCAGUCAGACGGAGAGAUCUUCCACCUGCUGGAGAAUGACAUGAAUUCACACAAAUAACGUGUUGAAAAGACCCGUGGAUAUCGACUGACUCUUUUAAAACAGGAAACAAAUAUUUAUGUACAGUAUAACUCUUUAUUCCUUCUCACCUAUGUUUCCUUUGUUUAUUUGUCCUAUUUUGACAAACAAAUUAGUUUUUUGUUAAAAACAAUUUUAGUUGCUUUUGUCCUGCAAAACCUUUUUUGAUAUCAUGCCAUUGCUUACUUUGAAAAUUUUGUUUAUGUACUUUGCAUGUAUUAAGCAAAUAAGCUCUUCACUUUGAUUUGCAUUGUGAAUGCAAAUGCAAUUUUAUUUCGCAGCAUGACCAUAGGAUCAUUUAUGAGGCACAUUUUAAACACUCUGUAGCUUUUAUAAAAGAAACAUUACUGGGGUGCUUCUUGAGAUAAAACAAAGGCUCAAGAUCAAUUUUAAGAUCAAUCAGUGCAAAUGUCUUUCAGUUAAACAGCUCAGAUUUAGAUUUUAUUCUGGGACUAGGUUUAAGCCUUGUAUGUGAAACCGGGAUUUAUAUUUUAUAUUUCAAAAAUAUUUCAAAUUAAGAGCACAACUUGGGAUCUGUACAAUACGUUAUUAAAUUACUCAGUGAUUCUGAGUCGUUGUGUAAAUGGAAACAUGAGUACAAACUUAAUUGCUGCAUGGGUUUUAAAGUGCUUUGAUCCUUCAAGCAUUUUUAGUUCUUUUAGCCUCUUAAAAUGUAUUGAUAAACAUAAAAGACCCUCCACUGGCAAUUAUUCUAAUGCUUUAACUGAAUGACUGUUCAGGAAUUGCUAUGGUUUGAUAAUCUGAGGAUGAAAACUGAAUACUGGACUGUCAAAAGCGAAAAAUAACCAAA